CUCUCUAGUGAUGAAUCGUUGGGUUGGCAAGGUGGCCGUCGUAACCGGCUCGAGCUCCGGGAUCGGUGCAGCGAUCGCCAAGGAUCUGGCCAAGGCCGGUCUGAUCACCGUCGGUUUGGCGAGACGUGUCGAGCGGGUCGAGGCGCUGAAGAAAGACAUUCCGGCUCAAGCGGCCGGAAGAUUGCAUGCGCUAAAGUGCGACGUUUCGAGUGAGGCCGACAUUGAGGCCACCUUCAAGCAGAUCGAGAAAACAUUCGGUGGCGUCGACGUGCUGGUCAAUAACGCCGGUAUUGCGCGCUCGAGCAAUCUGCUCGACCAGGGUAACGCGGCCGAUUUGCGGGCGACGCUGGACACGAACGUCACCGGACUGGUGCUCUGCAGUCAGGCGGCGUACCGUUCGAUGAUUGCCCGAUCGGUGGAUGGCCAUAUUAUUCACAUCAACAGCGUCGCCGGUCACGGGAUACCGAAAAUUCCGAAGAUGAAUAUUUAUCCGGCAUCCAAGUAUGCCGUCACCGCCAUCACGGAAACCAUGCGCCAGGAGUUGCGUGACGCUGGAACGAAGAUUAAAGUAACGAGUGUCAGCCCAGGAGGAGUGCAGACGGAAAUUCUGGGUCCGCUAGAGAUUCCACAAGGCAUGCCGGUGCUGGAUCCAGAGGAUAUUUCACAGGCCGUUCUGUAUGCAUUGAGUACGGGACCAAGUGUGCAAGUGCAUGAGAUUAUCAUCAAACCAAUUGGCGAAAUGCAUUAGCAAAGCAUACUU